GUUAAUAAGUCUUGUUUGCCUUCCUUUAAAAAGUGUGAAAAAAAGUGUGAAAAAAAGUGUUGAAAAAAAAUAAAAAAUAUAAAAUACAAAAGUGCUUAAACAUUGUGUAGACCUUUUCCUAAGAAAAUCAAAUUUUUCCAAAGUGGUAUUAUUGAUAGACGAUAGAAAUGGAAGACAACAAUGAAUUUUGUAUCGGAUGUUUCAUGGAUCCUUGUACAUGUUCAAUUCAUGGAAAACCUCAAUCGACAAGUUCAUGUAGCUCUCAAACCAAUAAGAGACAUGUUGAUGCAGGUGGUGAUUCUGGUGAUUCUGGUGCUUCAUUAACAAAGAUAACUCGUAGCGUCGGAAGUCAAAAUGAGAAGCCAACGACUUCAGGCCAGAUGGGUGGCGAUACUCGUCAGAUAUCAAACGAUCCAAAAUACCCAAUAGAAGAAGUGUUUAAGGAAGUUCAAGAGUUCAUUCUCAAUCACCCGGGUUACCAUUAUUUAAGAAUGGCCUUAAAAGACGAGCUUCAAUGUACUGCACCGGAGAACUGGGAGUUGGUCUACAACAAGUUCGUAGACCACAUAAAAACAAUUGGCGGCUCACUAAACGCAAAGAGCACACAAAAUGAAACAAAAAGUGUGAAUAAGAAGACUACAACUGCUUCUUCCAAUGUACAGAAACUCAUUUAUGAACCACUUCUUUACAAGAUCCAUCAAUCUCAAUCUAAAGAAAAUAAAAGUAUUUUACCCUCCACUUCUUUACAAGAUCAAUCUCUUUUAAAGAAGAGUUGUGAAGUUCAAAAAGCGGAGAGUGAUUCUCCCUCAGUUUUGACUACGGCCCCAGUAUCUCGUCACCAAGUUGUUAUUACAAAUGUUCAGCAGAUAGACAACAAUCUCAGACGGAAUACCGAACGUUCAGACAUUGAGAAGACUCUAAAUGAUACGGUCAGUUCAGCAGCAGUCAUUCCAACUACUUCAAGCCAUGAAAAAACUUCUAAAACUGUAUCUCAUCAGCAAGUUGUUACUACAAAUGUUCAGCAGAGAGAAUAUAAUCUCAGACGGAACACCGAACGUCCAGACAUUGAGAAGAACCGAAAUAUUACGGUCAGUUCAGCAGCUACUUCGAGAAUGCUAAUUCCUGCUGCAGACAUUCCAACUACUUCAAACCAAGGAAACGUACCUCAUCAGCAAGUAGUUGCUACAAAAGUUCAAGACAUAGAAAACAAUGUCAGACGAAACACCGAACGUUCAGACAUUGAGAAGAAUAGAAAUAUUAUGAUCAGUUCAACAGCUACUUCGCAAACACUUAAUCCAAGUAGCCAAGGAGUAACUUUCGCAGACACAACUCGUCACGGCUUACAGAUCAUUCCAUUUAAUUCAAAUCAAGGAAUUAAUACCGGUUAUUUUGCGCUCCCGGUAGCUCAUCAGCAAGUUGUUACAACAGUUGAGCAGAUUGAUAACAAUGUCACACGAAAUACUGAGCGUUCAGAGAUUGAACAAAAUCGAAAUAUUAUGAUCAGUUCAAUAGCUGUUCCGCGAACACUUAAUCCAAGUAGCCAAGUAGUAACUUUCGCAGACACAACUCGUCACGGCUUACAGAUCAUUCCAUCUAAUGCAAAUCAAGGAAUUAAUACCGGCUAUUUUGCGCCCCCGGUAGCUCAUCAGCAAGUUGUUACAACAGUUGAGCAAAUUGAUAACAAUAUCACACGAAAUACUGAGCGUUCAGACAUUGAACAGAAUCGAAAUGUUAUGGUCAGUUCAACAGCUACCUCGCGAACACUUAAUCCUAGUAGCCAAGUAGUAACUUUCGCAGACACAACUCGUCACGGCUUACAGAUCAUUCCAUCUAAUUCAAAUCAAGGAAUUAAUACCGGUUAUUUUGCGCCCCCGGUAGCUCAUCAGCAAGUUGUUACAACAGUUCAGCAGAUUGAUAACAACUUCACACGAAAUACUGAACGUUCAGAGAUUGAACAAAAUCGAAAUAUUAUAGCUGUUCCGCGAACACUUAAUCCAAAUAGCCAAGGAGUAACUUUCGCAGACACAACUCGUCACCCACCGCCGAAUGCUAUGGCUGUCGCAGCCGUUCCACCUACUCCAAGAACAGCUAUUGACUUCCUUUAUAAUUCUGGGGCAAAUCAUGAUCAUAUAAUUAAUAUUAUUCCAAACGCUCAAGGAUCUUUUACUAUGAGCUGUCAAGAAUGCACUUUUUCUCAUUCUGUAAAAAUAGAACCUGUUUCUAACAUAGAAGAUGCAAAUGAAGCUGACGAUGAAGACGAUGAAGACGAUGAAGACGAUGAAGACGAGGAAGACGAGGAAGAACAAUCAGAAAAUAACGAAGAAAUUGUGCAACAAGAUACGGAAACUAUUCAACAAUCAAGUUUGAAUUCAUCAAAUAAUCACCCAAUACAAAAUCCAGUAAACAGUAAUUCUCAGUAUCCCCGGGAUAAUCCUAAUAUCAAUUCAGUGCGUCAGCCUUACCAACCACCACCCGGUUCUUUCGAUGCUCCGCAAAAUUACUCCUCAAAUCGCUCCAGCUAUCAAACUCAUCAACAUUUCUCAACCUCUUCAAUUCCCCCUUAUGCUCAAAACCAACCUUGCGUGCCCCCUUCGAAUUACAGAGAUAUGCAACAUGAUCAACAACAUCCUCAUCAAGCUUAUCCAUCCUGGCAGGCUCAAUCAACUUCCAGAGAUUAUUCAAAUAACAUGAUGCCAGAGAAUCACUAUUCUUCCACAAAUAAUCAACGUAUGCAACAAAUGUAUUCAGAUCGACCCACUUUCAGACAAAUGGAUAGUGUUGGUGAGCAAUACCAAUCAUUGCCCCCUUUCGAAACAAUUCGCCAAUAUCCAAUGUCAGACAGGCAGCAUAAUUAUCAUCCAUACCAAUCGCAACAAAAUCGCCAAAACAUAAUGUCAGACAGGCAGAAUAAUAAUUAUUAUCAUCCAUACCAACCACAACAAGGAAACCUCAGAGCUCUUCCCGAUCGCCAUCAAUCAUCACAGCCAACGCACAAUAUGGCAGGCUUUCAAAAUCCAACUGUUCCAAGCCAAUCGAUUUCUAUCAUACAACUGCAAAAAAUUUUCGAAGAUUUUAUCUUUGCAUUGCAGAAUAAUCAUAUUAUAAUAUAAUAUGAUAUAUUAUAACUAUCUUGUUUGUCUUGUUUCUUUAAUUCAUUAAAAAGUUAAACUUAAUUUUUUCAA